AGUCCGAGGAGGAGAGAGAGACGAAAGCAGACGCAGAGACGGAGCGAGAGAAAGGGAGGAGGAGAUGCUGGACAAUUCAACGACAUCUGCUGCUGCGGCUGAUCCAGUUAACAAGCGCCAUGCGCCUUCCAAUCAAAGAACUCGGUCUCACAACAGGCUCAAAUCAUCAGAGAAGAAUCAGUUUGCCAUUUCAAGAAAUAUUACUGUCGCAGAACAUGGUGAGACAAGGAGCGGUGGUCUUUUGAAUGAGAACACUUAUCCAGCACUAAUAGUUUUAGAAGGGUGUUCCCGCAGUGCAGCUUCUCAGUUUUUGAAUGAACGUUGGGCAGCUGCAAUGAAUUGCUAUAAUGAUACGAAAAUAGAUUUAUCUGAGAGACCAGUUAUGUACUCUGGAAGUAGUGCAUCAGCAUGGGGACACUUCAGACUUCCUCACCAGCUUAUGUCUCAAGCAAGCAGUGCCGGAGCUUCUUCUGGUUUGCAGAUGGACUUCUUGACUGAACUCCGUCGUGCCAUGGAAAGCUAAUGCUGGUUCUGACUACUAACAUUUCCAUAAACUUUAGAAAAUCAACUAGCUUUGCCUCAUAAUUAAAGUACUUCUUUGAACUCGUGCUUUGUUUUAAGGCCAGAUGUAAUUUAUUUUGUACAACCAUGGUCCAAACUCCAAAGGCAGCAAUGUACUUUAACUUGACUGGGCUUUCUUGGAAUCUAAAAUACUACUAGACCUUUUGUAUUUUGA